ACUUAAAACUUUACUGUGCGUUGUCUUUCAGUUUUUUUUAUCUUUCUUACUCUCUUUGCUUCUUUCAGGCGCUGAUAAGUUGUUGCUGUACAGCUGUGUUCGUACGAAACGGGAAAUGAUACCGAGCCUGGCUUCUUGUGGGAUGGCGGCGGCUGAUCUGAGAGACGAGCUGAGCUGCUCCAUCUGCCUGAGCAUUUAUACUGAUCCUGUAAUGCUGCCCUGUGGCCAUAAUUUCUGCCGGGGCUGCAUUGGGAGGGUGCUGGGUACCCAGGAGGGGUCUGGGGGUUAUUCCUGCCCUGAAUGCAGAGCCGAGUAUCGGGAACGCCCGGCCCUGCCCAGGAACAGAACUCUGGGGAACAUUGCAGAGCGAUUCCUUUCUGCUCAGCCGGAGCCGGGGGAGACUGGGAUCCUCUGCACUUACUGUGACUCCCCUGUGGCUGCUGUUAAAUCCUGUGAGCAGUGUGAGACCUCCCUGUGUGAUACCCACUUACACAAGCACAACAAGUCUGUACGGCACGUACUAACUGAGCCCACCAACUCCUUUAUGGAAAAAAAAUGCUCCACCCACAGAAAGAUCCUGGAGUAUUACUGCCCUGAGGACUCUGCCUGUGUCUGUGUGUCCUGCUGCCUGGCCGGGGGGCACCGGGGCCACAGGGUGGAGCUGCUGAGUGAGGCCUCUGAGAAGAAGAAAGAGAAACUGAGGAAAGUUCUGGAGAAACUGAGCCCAGAGAGAGAGGAGACUGAGAGAGGAGCCCAGAGGCUGCAGGAGCGCAGGAGAGACGUGGCAGAAAGAGCAGCCGGUGAGACAGAGAGAGUCACUGCCCUGUUUAGAGACAUCAGGGAAGAGCUGGAAGCCCUAGAGAAGAGACUCCUGAGUAACAUCUCCAGGAAGAAAGAGAAGCUUUCCCUCCAACUCACUGAGCUGAUCCAACAGCUGGAAAUAAAGAAGGAUGAGCUGUCCGGGAAGAUCCGGCACAUUGAGGAGCUGUGCAACAUGGCAGCUCCACUCACUGUCCUACAGGAACAACUGGAAUCAGAUGGAGCUGCAGAUACUGAGGGCAGAGAGACAGAGGGUAUAAAGAUUCCUGCUUUUGGGAAUCUGAAUAAAGGACUGAUCUCAGAGACAUUACUCACAGGCUUAGCUGGGAUUGUGACUGGGAUAAAGGGAAGGAUCUAUGGGCAGGAGGCUACAGACCUGGUACUGGAUAUAAAUACAGCGAGUGAUUAUGUUGCUUUAUCAGAGGACAGGAAAACUGCAUCCGGGUCAGAGACUGCCCUGUGUUACCCACACACACCAGAGAGGUUUAUAGAAUACGCCCAAGUGUUAAGCAGCAGGAGUUUCCCAUCAGGGCGACAUUACUGGGAAGUGGAGGGCAGUGAAUCAGGGGAGUGGGAUGUAGGGGCGGCCUAUCCCAGUAUAGAGAGAGAAGGAGAUGAUUCCAGUUUUGGAGAUAAUAUCAAAUCCUGGAGUUUGCGUAGAUUAAAUGAUAAAUUUACUGUGGUACAUGACUCCAUAAAAACUCCUGUAUCCCCCUCCUGCCGGAGAUUCAGGAUCUCACUGGACUAUGAGGCCGGACAUUUGUCCUUCUAUGAGCUGAGUGAGCCAAUCAGGCACUUACACACCUUCACUGCCUCCUUUACUGAGCCCCUGCACCCUGCAUUCUAUAUGGAUUGCGAAGGCUGGGUGAGAAUCUGCACUUGGGUGAAACCAAGUAGCUGGGUGUGUAUGUUCCUGUGCAUUGAUCUGUAUAAUUACUGGGACCAACGUUCCCCUCCGUUUAGCAGAAAGUGGUUUCUCUCUUGUCUGAAGCAUCAGACACUUUCUGUUUCACUUCUUUUCCCGCGUCCCAGGAUGGCGGCUGCUGAUCUGAGAGACGAGCUGAGCUGCUCCAUCUGCCUGAGCGUUUAUACUGAUCCUGUGUCCCUGCCCUGUAGCCAUAACUUCUGCCGGGGCUGCAUUGGGGGGGUGCUGGGUACCCAGGAGGGGUCUGGGGGUUAUUCCUGCCCUGAAUGCAGAGCCGAGUAUCGGGAACGCCCGGCCCUGCCCAGGAACAGAACUCUGGGGAACAUUGCAGAGCGAUUCCUUUCUGCUCAGCCGGAGCCGGGGGAGACUGGGAUCCUCUGCACUUACUGUGACUCCCCUGUGGCUGCUGUUAAAUCCUGUGAGCAGUGUGAGACCUCCCUGUGUGAUACCCACUUACACAAGCACAACAAGUCUGUACGGCACGUCCUAACUGAGCCCACCAACUCCUUUAUGGGAAAAAAAUGCUCCACCCACAGUGAGUUUCUAAAAUAUUACUGCUGUGAUGAUUUGGUCUGUGUCUGUGUGUCCUGCUGCCUGGCCGGGGAGCACCGGGGCCACAGGGUGGAGCUACUGAGUGAGGCCUCUGAGAAAAAGAAAGAGAAACUGAGGAAAGUUCUGGAGAAACUGAGCCCAGAGAGAGAGGAGACUGAGAGAGGAGCCCAGAGGCUGCAGGAGCGCAGGAGAGAAGUGGCAGAAAGAGCAGCCGGUGAGACAGAGAGAGUCACUGCCCUGUUUAGAGACAUCAGGGAAGAGCUGGAAGCCCUAGAGAAGAGACUCCUGAGUGACAUCUCCAGGCAGAAAGAGAAGCUUUCCCUCCAACUCACUGAGCUGAUCCAACAGCUGGAAAUAAAGAAGGACGAGCUGUCCGGGAAGAUCCGGCACAUUGAGGAGCUGUGCAACAUGGCAGCUCCACUCACUGUCCUACAGGAACAACUGGAAUCAGAUGGAGCUGCAGAUGCUGAGGGCAGAGAGACAGAGGGUAUAAAGGCCCCGACUGUAGGGGAUCUGGAUGUGGGACUGAUCUCAGAGACAUUACUCACAGGCUUAGCUGGGAUUGUGACUGGGGUAAAGGGAAGGAUCCCUGGGCAGGAGGCUACAGACCUGGUACUGGAUAUAAAUACAGCGAGUGAUUAUGUUGCUUUAUCAGAGGACAGGAAAACUGCAUCCGAGUCAGAGACUGCCCUGUGUUACCCACACACACCAGAGAGGUUUAUAGAAUACGCCCAAGUGUUAAGUACCAGGGGUUUCCCAUCAGGGCGACAUUACUGGGAAGUGGAGGGCAGUGAGUCAGGGGAGUGGGAGGUUGGGGCGGCCUAUCCCAGUAUAGAGAGAGAAGGAGAUAAAUCAGGUUUUGGAAUUACUAUCAAAUCCUGGUGUUUGUGCAAAUAUCAUGAUAAAAUUAUUAUGGCACAUAACUCCAUACAAACUCCUGUGUCCCCCUCCUGCCUGAGAUUCAGAAUCUCACUGGACUAUGAGGCCGGACAUUUGUCCUUCUAUGAGCUGAGUGAGCCAAUCAGGCACUUACACACCUUCACUGCCUCCUUCACUGAGCCCCUGCACCCUGCAUUCUGUGUGUAUAACAAAGGCUGGGUGAGAAUCUGCAGCUGA